CCCUAGAAACCCUUUUAAUCAGAAGCCUAGAUGCCUAUAUCCAACAAUAAAUCCCCCAACUGUUUAUUCAUUCAUUCAUUAAACUACCAUCCCAUUUGCUAGUUGCAUUGGUUAAUCACUUUGUUUUGGGUUAUGUUAACCAUAUUAUAACGGUUGAUAUUUUUGGAAGUAGAUCUCUUUGUACAAACUAGAAGAUGCAACUUUUUUUUGAUCAAUUUCUUGUUUCUUUGCCACUGUUUAGAUCUUAGUAUAUUAUUGAAGUUACCACAAUUGCUCUGUAUAUUGUCUCUUUUUCGAACUGACAACUGUAGUAAGCUGAAAAGAUGCCGCAGGCCUCCUCAGACUUCUGCUAACUCUGCCUCUCUUACAGUCUAUGCCCCCUUUUCAUUACUCCUCAUUUACUACCUUAGAUCUUCCUAUAAACUCUUGCAAGAAUCGAACUCUAGCCUCCACUGCUUUCUUGUUGCAAUCCCACUUUGAAAAAUCCCAUCUUUCCACAUUUCAUUCCUUCCAAAUCCCACCUUUUGCAACUCCCGGCAUUACUUGAUGCCCGAGAAAAUCUACCAUUUCUUGAAAAGCCCAUUUCUUGCUUGCUGGUUUCUGGCUUCCUUUUCAUCACAAUCAUGAAAAAGAUUGAGUCUUUGAGCUUCCCAGUUCUUGUUGUGUGGUUGCUUCAUUUCACUUCGCCAUGCAUCGGACAGGAAGACAGCAGCAUCGGUGCUCCGAUGAAGACAGCCGAGCAAGAAGCUCUGUAUAAUACAAUCCAAGAUUUUGUGGGAAAAUGGUGGAAUGGUUCUGAUCUCUAUCCAGAUCCUUGCGGUUGGACCCCUAUUCAGGGAGUUUCUUGUGAUUUGUAUGAUGGAUUUUGGUACGUGACCGAUUUGAGCAUUGGACCUGUUCAUGACAACUCUUUAACCUGUGGUCAAGAUGUGGAAUUCAGCCCCAAUUUGUUUGCACUAAGCCAUUUAAAAUCAUUAUCCUUCUUCAAUUGCUUUGUCACGCCACGCCGCCGCCCUGUCUCGAUCUCGGCCGGGAAUUGGGACGCUUUUGCCGGAAGUUUGGAGUCGCUCGAGUUCCGGUUGAAUUCCGGCCUAACCGGACCAGUUCCCGAGAUUUUCGGGGGUCUAAGGAAUCUUCAGUCUUUAGUGAUCACUGAAAAUGGCUUAAUGGGGCAGCUGCCCGAGAGCAUUGGCAAUUUGGUGGAGUUGAGGCGUUUGAAUCUUGCGGGGAAUUCGUUCACAGGCAGGGUCCCGGGCAGCAUUGGAGGGCUUAACCGUCUCUUGAUUCUCGAUAUGAGUGGGAAUUUGCUCUCGGGUACCUUACCCGCAACUCUAGGAGGACUGACGGCCCUAUUAAAGCUCGACUUGAGUGGUAAUCAACUAGAGGGCGAGAUUCCGAAAGAGAUUCGGAAUCUCAAGAAUCUCACCCUAUUAGACCUAAGUGACAACAGAUUAAGUGGUGGAUUGGGUGAAACUAUUCGAGGAUUGAAUUCAUUGCAAGAAUUAGUCCUCUCAAACAAUCCCAUUGGUGGUGACAUAAUAAGUAUUGGAUGGCAAAAUUUGAGGUGUAUCACAGCUUUGGAGCUGUCCAAUACGAGCAUGACAGGUGGCAUCCCAGAAUCUCUUGCAGAUUUGAAAAGUCUAAGGUUCUUGGGUCUGAAUGACAACAAGCUAACAGGGGAUAUACCUUCAAAGAUUGAAACUUUGCCUAAUGUUAGUUCAAUCUAUCUCCACGGCAACAAUCUAACCGGCAAGCUUAAUUUCUCAGAGGCUUUCUACGGGCGGAUGGGGCCGCGCUUCGGGGCAUGGGGCAACCCGGGCCUUUGCUAUCAAUCCGAGGAGCUCGGCUCAGCCAGUAAUGCACCUUUUGGGGUCAAACCGUGUCGAGUUCAAGUGAUCAAGUACGGGACCAGCUUCCGUGAUCCUGCGUCGUCGAUGCCUUCUUUAGGAUUCAAUGUGAUAGGUGUUAGUAGAUUAGUUUUGGUAGUUGAAGCUUUCUUGGUUUUGGCUUUGCAACAUUUUUAAAAUAGGCCAAAUUUCAUGGUUGUAAAUGUGAUGGUAAGUAGGUAAUCAAGUUAAUUGAAGUCAUUACAUUUUAUCUUUGGAAA